AUGGCAUCCCAGGCCAUCGAGGGCCGCCGUGCACGUGCACAGGUCGUCACCGGAGACGCCGCGUGUAGGAAGAAGUCCAUUGAGCUGCUGGAGGAGCUCGGCCUGCCCAAGGGCCUGCUUCCAAUGGAGGACAUCCAGGAGUUCGGGUACAACCGAGAGACAGGGUUCAUGUGGCUGGUGCAGGGGAAGAAGAAGGUGGAGCACACGUUCAAGAAGAUCAAGCAGACGGUGUCAUAUGCCGCCGAGGUCACGGCGUUUGUCGAGAAGGGCAAGCUGAGGAACAUCAUUGGCGUCAAGACCAAGGAACUGAUGCUCUGGCUCAGCGUCGUCGAGGUAUAUGUUCCUGAGGCAUCGCCGGAGAAAGUCACUUUCAAGACCGGCACUGGCCUGUCUGAUACCUUCGAGGCCACCGCAUUUGCACUCGGACAGUAA